CCAAUAAAGUUGCUACAAAGUGACCUUGGCGCCGCUUCUCCUCCCCUCCACUUCCGCCUCGCUGCAUCCGGGCUCUCGCCACCGGGCUCCGCCGCGCCUGCGCAGAGACGCCCCGGCCCCUCGGUCUGUGGUGCGGCCGCCGGAGCGGGAGACGCCGGAUCGUGCCCCGGGGACGCUGCCCGCCAAGAUGUUCGCCUGCGCCCAGCUCGCCGCCUCGCCCGCCCUGAUCCGUGCUGGAUCAAGAGUCUUGUACAGACCAAUUUCGGCAUCUGUGUUUUCUAGGCCAGAGGUCAGGACUGGAGAGGGCAACUCAACACUUUAUGGGGCCCAAAACACUGUCUCCCGACUAGCACUUAGAGAAUUCCAGACUAGUGCUAUCAGCAGAGACAUUGACACUGCUGCCAAAUUUAUUGGUGCUGGGGCUGCCACAGUAGGUGUGGCUGGUUCUGGUGCUGGUAUUGGAACAGUCUUCGGUAGUCUAAUCAUUGGUUAUGCCAGAAACCCUUCUCUGAAGCAACAGCUGUUCUCAUAUGCUAUCCUGGGAUUCGCCCUGUCUGAAGCUAUGGGUCUCUUCUGUCUGAUGGUUGCUUUCUUGAUCCUAUUUGCCAUGUGAAAGGAGAUCUGCCUGUAAUAUUGGCAUUGGAAUGUAAUACAUAUUUUAUGGGACUCCCAAAAUGUUGGUGUCAUGGAAAUUGAUACUAUUUCCAAAGUCAUUUCAUUAAAGAUAACAACUUUAACUGUCA